UGAGACUUCAGAUCAUUUGUUGACUUGAAGGAAGGAGGAAACACCUCAUGAAAAAACAACAAACUGCUGAAUGAGCUGGUCUCAAUGGACUGGGCCCUUGUCUUAGUUUUGCAAGUCAUGUUUCAGCCUGCUCUCUCAGUCUUGUUCACUGUUGAGACAGAGCGACCUGAGUACAGCUCAGAGUUUGGAGGAGAUGUUGUUUUGGGCUGCAAGUUUCAGCCUAAACUAUCUAAUCCUAGUGACUACCUGAAGGUGACCUGGCACUGGACCAGGUCCAACUUGAUUCGAGAUGUUUACCGGAUGGAUAACCGGAUGGAGGACUCGGCGUUUCCACAUCUGGACUAUCGGGGUCGGGUGAGGCUUCUCACUGAGGAGCUGACGGAGGGCUGGGCCAAGUUAGAGAUCUCCAGGCUCAGGAUCAAUGACUCUGGAACCUACAAGUGUUCGGUGUGGACAGAAAAAGGAGCUGAUUACAAAACCAUAACUUUGUCUGUUGCAGCACCUUAUAAAGCUGUGACUAAACGCAUUGAAAAGACUGCAGAGGGGGAUAAGGUGCUGCUAAGCUGCCAGUCUGAGGGAUACCCUAAGUCUUCUGUUAUGUGGCAGGAUGGACAGCUGCGUAACAUUGACCCCAAUACCACUGCUGUACCUACAUCAGACCAGCUUUUUAACGUCACCAGUGAGAUACGUGUCCAAUCAUCAGACAAAAACAACUACACGUGUAGCUUUACGGAGGAUGGCUACACCGCAACAUUUCAUAUUCCAGAUGAAAUGCCCAUUGCUCCUGUACAAAGCAAUGCUCCCGUUGUUGUACUGUGCAUAGGAGUGAUAAUGUUUGUCAUUAUGGUUGUGGCAGUACUUAUGUAUCGACGACGAAAAGGGUCCAAUACUCCCAGUACCAGGAACCUUUUGAUCGACGGUCGGGACAGGUCUGUUCCUCCUGCUGACUGUCAGCAAAUAAAUAAAGAAAAUGAGGAAGAGAUAACUAUUUUUAAUGAAGGUUGCACGGAGGAAAAUCUGGGGGCGUUUCUGAAAGCCCAUUAUUCCGACUUAUCUUUCAGCACUGAUUCGAGACACUGCUGGAACAAUUUCAACGUCGAGGAGUUGCCUCAAAGACUGCAAAACAAUAAGGGGCGGCCAGUGAAUCUUCAAGCUUUACUCCCAGAAGCUGGAGAGACACUUUUUCUUGAGGCACCCCCAGGAAGCGAGAAGACAACCGUAGCUCAUAUCCUGAUCUCUUCUUGGACCGAAGGGCCCGCACAUGCCCUCGCUCACAUCCUCGACCUCAGUGCCCUUCAACUUCUCUUAUAUGUCGACUGCAGCAAAGUGAAGGGUGACUUGUUUCAGGAAAUAAAGACUCAACUUUCUCUCACGGAAAAGAUAUCAACAGAGGAUGAUCUGAGGACUGUGUUAACCAGGUCCAGUGAGGUUCUACUGCUGUUGGACGGGUACAGAGAAGGGAACCAAUUUUUUGAUGAGUCCUUGAAGAGGUUUCUAAGCGAAAGAGGAGGAUGCAGGGUCCUGGUCACGGCCUGUCCAGGACACUGCCUCACGCUCAAGGAAACAGUGGGGACAGGAAGGGUGCUGGAGCUCCAGACACAGACUGCAAAGUACUGAGGGCGCACACGUUUGUGACCAACAAAGAUAUUAAGCACAUGUUACAUUUUGUUAUAUUUGUUACAAACUUUGUAUGAUGUCUAUUUUUUUUAUGCUGAAUGUGUGGUUAGAUUUUGUAAAUGCCCAAAUAUGCUGCAUAAUGUUGUGAAUUGAAUUUAGUUAUAUAAAAUGUGUGAUAAAAACUG